AUGGCCAAACCACUAACCGCGCUGGAUACAUUAGUGCAUGACCGCUACGCCAGCGCCGUGGCCAACGGCAGCCUGCUGUUCACUAACUCCGAGAUCACCUACAAGCAUGAAAGCAACAUAGCUUUUGAGAUCCGCUACGUGCCCGCGCUCGCCAAGAAGCCCAGCAGCAAGCCCAAGGAAAAGCAGCAAAGCAAGACCUUUGUCAACCCGUUCCUGCCCUUCGAUGCCAACCUGCACGUCAAAACGCUCGCCGCCACCCACCACCAGCUGUUGCUCAACAAGUAUUGCAUUGUGCCUAACCACCUGCUGAUUACCACUGCAGAGUUUGCUCAGCAAGGCGAGCCCCUGACCACGCACGAUUUUACCGCCGCCAUCGGCGUUCUUGAGGACAUGUCUUGCCCACAGAUCGUGUUCUAUAACGCCGGCGAGGAGUCGGGGGCCAGCCAGCCGCACAAGCAUCUGCAGGUAUUACCGAUGCCCGACAGUAUGAGCGACCCGCCUGUGAUGGAGCUAUGGCUUAGCGAUGCGCCACCGGGAGCGGCAGUGGCGGUGUCGCAAAAGCUUCCGUUUGUGCACUACGGUGUACGCCUCAAUACGCCGCUAGACCCGAAAUCUGUUGAGGAUGCGUAUGCGCGGGCACUGGCGGCUCUGACAGGCGCAAUAUUCUAA